AUGGCCUCCUCGUUUACCUUGCGAAUCUUAUUUUUCACCGUGUCGAUGCCGAUGGCCCCAUACCGAAUGGAUCUUGUUCUUCACCGUGUCGACGGACUCUGCGUAUAUCUCGCGAAUCUUACUUUUGACCGCGUUCGAUGCCAAUGGCCCCAUACUGAAUGGAUCUUGUUCUUCACCGUGUCGACGGACUCUGCGUAUACCUCAGGUGUUCAUAGUCCACUCAAUCCACCGCCACCACCACCAUCUCCUGAUGUCCCUGCCAACCAACGUCCUGAGGCUUGGAAUAUCCUUCGCGAGUAUGCUCAGGGUGAUAUCGGAACAGUCCCUGAGCUCGAGAGACACCUUCAGGAUUGUCUUGGGGAGGACUACGAGCCAGGUGACUGGCUUGAGGUCAUCAAUGCCGUCCUUGAUACUGAAGAUGAUGUUCCUGCAGCUGUUCAUGUCGUUGAACAGCUUGCUCCACAACCUGUACACCAGCCUGCCGUUGCAUAUUCCCCCUCUCAAUCUAGUACUGGUACUACUACUCUGGAGCAACUUCACGAAGUUGAGGAAGACCUACUCUUUACUGUCAACGAGCUUCAUCACCGCCGUCGUAUUAUUGGUGCACCACUGUCUCUGGAGGAUCUUCUCAAUCCAGCCGAGGAGAAGAAGGAGCAUCCUGAGUUAGAUCGACUUAAAGGUUUUGGAGAUUUGGAGAUUAUUGAAGAGGUCCGACGUCGAAUAGAUAGAGGGAUAAACUUAGAGGACACUGGUGAUGAAUCAGACAGUGAGCCCGAGACUCCUGUUGAUGAGCCAGUCAGGAAAGUCUCUUUACGUGAUGGUCAGGACUUCUGUAUUUUGCUUGAACAGCUAACUCUUGAGCAUGCUGAAGUUGGAGUCGCUCUCAGCCUUACAAACUCUCUGCGCAAGUUCCGUGCCCGUUUCUAUCUGGCCUUCUCUGUCAGUAGAGUCACUUCCUCUUCCCUCCACUCCACUUUCGCCAGCAUUCGCCUUAUCUCACACAAACCUCGUUAUCCAUUUCUUCCAGACCAACCAGAAAGGUUUGCCCUCCUCCUUGCAAUUCUAAUCUUUGCGUAUAGACUUCACUGCGAACGAACAAGACCAUUUAUCUUCCCUUAUGUCCAAGAUGUUGCUCAAGAAGCUGUUUCUAUUGGAUUGCAUUUCAAACGAGAUUCUGGCGAAAUAUCUGAACGUCCUUCUGCCCCAGGUAGUAGUGGACAUUUGAAACAUACGACUCAGACUCAAAAUAUGUACGAUUUCAAAGAUGUUGCAAUUCGUCAGACCCAUGUUGUUCAGGCAUCACCAGUUCCGUCUCAAUCAUUCUUGCCUUCAUUGCCACCUAUAUCAGACCCGCCAAACUUAAUUUUGAAAGCGUUGCCCGCCGAUAUUUGUGCUAUACAAGUUGUAGCCAAGGAUGUUUAA